AUGCUUCGCCGAUCCUGUCUACCCGUCCUGACGCGCUUGCGCUUCAAUCAGCACUCUUUCUUCCAGCGCAAUGUGCCCAUUCUAGCACGUGCUUUUACCACUGACUAUUCUGCCGUUACCGCAGAGAACAUUCGCAAUGUGGCUAUUGUGGCACACGUCGACCACGGCAAGACAACUCUGGUCGAUCAAUUACUCAAACACGGCGGUAAUACACUAUCGGAGGAGCGCGUUAUGGAUUCCAUCGACCUAGAGCGUGAACGUGGUAUUACUAUCAUGUCCAAGUGCACACGCGUCGAGUACAAUGGCCACGUACUCAACAUCGUGGAUACCCCGGGGCACGCUGACUUUGGCGGCGAAGUCGAGCGCAUCUUGAGUAUGGUAGACGGUGUGGUACUGGUUGUGGACGCCACAGAAGGACCCAUGUCGCAGACCAAGUUUGUGCUGACGAAAGCGUUGAACCGCGGACUGAAGCCACUCGUAGUCAUUAACAAGGUGGACCGUGACACCAGUCGUCUGGAUGGCUCAGUCGAGAACGAGCUUUUCGACAUGUUUGUGGCUCUUGAUGCCACUGAUGACCAACUGGAUUUCCCUGUACUGUUCGCGUCUGCGAAGCAGGGAUGGGCUGUGCAUGACUUGGACAAUGAGAGUGAGACGCGUGACAGUAUGCUGCCGCUGCUUGAUGAGAUUACCCGCUACGUGCCUGCACCGAAGGCCAAUGCCGAUAAGCCGUUUGCCAUGGCUGUCACUAUGAUUGGCCAUGACCCGUACGUUGGCCGUUUGGCAACUGGCCUCGUUCACGCUGGAACUGUCAAGAUUGGAGACUCGAUACAAGUGAUGAACCUCGACAGCAAAAAGCUCGAAAUGGGUCGUGUCACGAAAAUGUUCGUUACCCGUGGCGUUUCAAAAUCCGAAAUCACGUCGGCAACUGCUGGCGAUAUCAUUACCAUUGCUGGCGUGAACGCAUACGUGUCUGACACAAUUGCGGAUGUGUCCGUGAUGGAGCCCAUUCCGUCUCCUCAAUUGGACCCUCCUACGAUUUCGAUGACGUUUGGUGUGAACGACGCGCCUACCGCAGGCAAGGAUGGCAAGUUUCUCACGUCUUCUCACAUUAAGCAACGCCUUGAGCGCGAAUGCGAGAACAAUGUUGCCAUUUCCGUUUCUCCCAGUACUUCGUCGGAAGCUUUUGAUGUCCAUGGUCGUGGUGAGCUUCAGCUUGCCAUCCUGAUAGAAGAAAUGCGUCGUGAAGGUUUUGAGAUGUCCGUCUCAGCCCCACAGGUGUUAUUCCAAACUGACCCAGAGACAAAGCAGAAGCUGGAGCCGAUCGAAGAAGUGACAAUCGAUGUCGAUUCUGAGUUUUCUGGUACGGUAAUCGACAAAUUAGCCAACCGUGGUGGUGAGAUCGUGGAGUUUAAGGAGAUGCACGACAAAGUGCGUCUUCUGUUCAAGAUUCCCAGUCGUUGCCUCAUGGGUUACCGCAGUGAGAUUAAGACUGACACCCGUGGAAGUGGUGUUUUGAACUCGAUCUUCCACGGCUACUCUCCCUUCCAUGGCUCGGCAACUCCUCCGUCUAAGGGCAAGCUUAUCGCUUCAUCUCGAGGCACAUGCACGGCCUACGCGCUUAACACGCUGGAAGAUCGCGGCGAAAUGUUCGUCAAGCCUGGUGAUGAGGUGUACGAGGGCAUGAUUGUGGGCGAGCACAGUCGCCCCACGGAUAUCGAGAUAAACCCCACGAAAGAGAAGAAGCUUACUAAUAUGCGUGCGUCCGGCACAGACGAGAACGUCAAAUUGUCUCCCAUCCGUCAGAUGUCCCUCGAGGAUGUAGUCACGUAUAUUGGCGAGGACGAAAUGAUCGAUGUGUCGCCAACCAAGAUUCGCAUGCGAAAGCGCGAACUGACGGCCAAUGGCCGCAAGCGAACGCAGGGAAAGAAGAAAUAA